AUAUAAUUGGUUAAUUCCUUAUGGCUUAAAGCUUACUACAUCUAUUGUAGAUCCCUCCUUAAGGAAAUGUACGUACAAUAGCCUUAACUUAUUGCACCAGUGCAGCAAUAGGUUUGUUCGCGUUGCUUGAAAUCUCCAAAAUUUUUUACACUUUAAACGAGAUAAAUAUAUACUCGAGCACUGGAGAAAGAGAAAGCGAAGAUGUCGAGUGCGAAAAGUGCAAGUACGCGAAUAGGCCCAAUGCAGCUAAAAAGAACAGAUCUAAACAAAAGGCGGGAAGAGAUCUGUAGUAUUUGUAGAAACUGGAAGAUGGGGCACAAAGAAGGCAAGAACUACUUCACUGUCUUCGCUACUAUAAGCCUGACAGGAUGUUAAUGAUAGUUACUUGGUGUCAAUGUUGUAUUGUGAAGUACCGUUUUAAUUGUUUAGUUAAUUUGUACAACACGUGAUAUUUAUUUUGAAUAACGUGAUGGCUGACGAAUAUCCAGAUCCAGACGAGGAAUUCGACUUUAUUCAUCAGGCGGACUAUGAAGCUAUGAGAGAACUGGAGGCUGACUUGCUCCAGACAAGACAAUUGUCACAGCCUGGCCCUAGUUCUAGUAAUAGCAGAUCUUGCACAGUUAAUGGAAAUAAACAUCAACCGAAUGUUGAAAUUCCUAUAUCUGCUAAUGUUGAUAAAAUUAAUACAAUUAGCAGUAACAAGAAACGUAGUUAUGAAGAAUUAUAUGGUGAUGCUGUACCUGGCUGUAGUAAAAAACGCAGUUGCGAAGAAUUGUUUGGUGACAUUUCUGAUUUCUUAGAUACAGAUAUCUCAGAUAACAAUAUUAGGGAGGGACCAAGAGUAAAAAAGCUUCGGUGGGAUCAACCUAAUGAUGUCAUUAAUAAAAUAUUGAAUGCAAGACAGUUGCUGCAUGAAUAUAAUGGAGAUAUAUCAAAGAAAAUAAGUUGCAAUCAGUCUAAUAGCAAGAAAAAUUCUAUUUCUUUACGAGUUCCACCAUGGAAUUUUGUGGCUGUCACAAGACCAUAUGAUUCUCAACGCUUAUAUAUCAGAGUUAGAAACGCACAAAACGAUAUCAAACAAUCUGUAAGGCCGAUUGCCAAUCUGUUUUCGACAUCCUAUAACCAAUUGAAAACUCAGGCGAAAGAAAUUAUGGAAAAAAAACAGGAAUUAUUGAGACCGUCAUCUAAUCUAUGCAGUAUAAAGAAUGAUGAACUGUGGGUCGAUAAAUAUCGACCUCGAUCUUACUUAGAGUUACUGACAGACGAAACUGUUAACAGACAGUUUUUACAUUGGCUGAAGCUUUGGGAUAAAGUAGUAUUUAAUCGGAAUAUUGCAAAACUAAAGGGAAAACAGUCAUCUAUUUUUGGAAAGAAAAACAAUAUUAAUGAUGAAAAAGAUAUUGAGGAGUUGGAUAGCAAAGGAUAUCCAAUCAAAAGAAUAGCCUUACUUAGCGGUCCACCUGGAUUGGGAAAGACGACUCUAGCACAUAUAGCAGCCAAACAUGCCGGUUAUAAUGUUGUAGAAAUCAAUGCGAGUGAUGAAAGGACUCCAGAAUCGUUUAGACAGAUUCUUCUUGCAUCAACAGAAAUGAAAGCUGUGAUGGGCGCUGAUCCCCGCCCGAAUUGUUUAAUUUUUGAUGAGAUUGAUGGUGCACCAGUUGCAUCUAUCGAGCUUCUAUUAAAAUUUAUUCAAGGCAAAUUAGUGUCGAAAGGUAAAAAAGGAAAGGUACAAUUGGAAAGAACGUCUAAUGGCUGUACACGUCCUAUAGUAUGUAUUUGUAAUGAACCAUAUACUCCUUCGUUAAGAGCGUUGAGAACCGCCGCUGUAAUAAUUCCGGUACCGGAAGUAAGUCCUUUAAGAUUAGCAGAACGUCUAAUGGAUUUGGCGAGAAAGGAAAAGUUAAAUGUAGAUUUUGGCGAUCUUGUAAAAAUGGCAGAAAGAUCUGGCUGUGAUGUUCGAGCUUGCAUAGGGGCGUUACAAUAUAUGGGUAGCGCUAAUUUGAAAGAUCAUUUAUCUCUAAAAGACACUCGUAAGAAUUUGUUUGAUUCGUGGAGAAAUAUAUUAACGAUUCCCAUGAACAAAGGAGGGGUUCUUCCUAUUCCUGAAAGAAUCCAGAAUAUUUUAACAACUGUGCAAAAUGGUGAAAAGGAAAAGUUGACACAAGGAAUAUUUCAUAAUUAUCCUGAAGUCUGUGACCGGAAACUUGAUAAUGUACCUAUGUCUCUGGAAUGGUUUCAAUUUUAUGAUUUAGUAAUGUCACUCGUUUUACAAAAGCAGAUUUGGUCACUUGUACCAUAUACGAAUUACGGAUUUAUUGCAUGGCACUUGCAUUUUGCACGAACACAGAAAACAAAAUUAUCAUAUCCAACAAUUAUCAACGAAGUAAUUCAAAAAACAGCGAAGAAUACAGGUAUUUUAACAGCGAUACGAAGAGUGUGCGGACGUGAUGUUUUUACUUUAACUACAGAUAUCGCUGGAUUUUUGCCAGACAUCUUAGCGCCUAAAUUACGCACAGUUCCUUCGCAUUUGUAUUCGCCGAAAGAGAAAGCAGAUCUCAUCAGAAUAAUAAAUGUGAUGGUUGAAUUUGGUUUAUCGUUCGUACAAGAGAAAAGUCCUCAAGGAGGCUACGUAUACAAUUUAGAUCCUAAUAUUUUGGAAGUUGGCGUUUUUUCUGAUUGUAAUGCGCAUCGAAGUCUCGCAUAUGCAGUACAACAGAUAAUCGCACAAGAAUUAGAGUUCGAACGUUUGAAACGUGCGAAUAUCUUAACUGGACUCGGUGAAGUUGAUUCGGAAACCAUGACAAAUUCAGAAAAGUCAGAAGUUACAGAAAGUGUUCAGAACAAAUCUUCAAAUCUUCUAAAUAAUUCAAAACAAAUUGGAAAAAAUGUGACAACGUUAAAGGAAACAGUCUACAAAGAUUUUUUCGGAAAUAUAAUUACGAGUGAAAAUGACAAUCAGAAGCAGAAUAAAAUGAUGAAUCGUAUAUCUCCAAAAUCACAGAAGAAAUAUUCUCUAAUGCAAAACAUUUUAACAAAACAUGGAAUCUGGUACAAAUAUAAAGAAGGUUGCAACAAUGCCGUUCGCCGAAAUGUAUUUAUGGAGAAACUUUUAUAAACAGAUUAAAUUUAAUUACAAACUAUAAGUACGAUUUUAUUCUAUCUUUAUCGUUCUCAAGGAUGUAUAAUAAAAUGUUUUUUAUAUAUAA